AUGCAGACUCCUCAAAACCUCUCACUGUCUAAAACCCUGAACCCAUCUUUUCCUCUUUUCCUUCUACGAUGCCCAUCUCUCAGACCCGCCUUUGCAAACCCUCUCCGCAUCAAUACCCCCCGAAACCCCCCCUUCGUCCGCUGCUUGGCCGGCCGGAGCAAGAAGAAGAAGCCCGCUGGGUCGCCUCCCGGUCGAAUCGAGGGCAACGCGGAGUUCCGGCGGGCUGUGAAGGAAGGCGCGCGGCAGAAGAGCAAAAAGCUCGCAGAGUCUCGCUUCUACCGCCUCCACAAGAACCCCAAGAACAGCAACCACGCCGAUAACUUCACCGAGGACGAGCUCCAGGAGAUCGGCCUUGGCUACGACCGGAUGGUUCGUUUCAUGGAAAAAGACGACCCCAGACUGCGCCACCCCUAUGACUGGUACAAGUAUGGUGAGUUUGGUCCCUACUCCUGGCGCGGCGUUGUCGUCGGGGACCCAAUUCGCGGGCGCUUCUCGGACGAGCGAGUGACCUUAAUUAGCGAAGUGAGGGACCAGGAAGAGUGGGAGAAGAUAGAGCAAUUCGAGAUGGCUUCGGAUUAUGGGAAAAGAUUGAAUGAAAUGGAUGAGAGUAAAGGGUGUAAGCAUUUCUGGGUGUUUGUGAGGCACCCCAGGUGGAGGAUAAACGAACUGCCUUGGCAGCAAUGGACUUUGGUGUCUGAGGUCGUGGUGGAAGGUGGGAAAGGGAGGUUGGAUAAGUGGAGUCUGAUGGGUAGGUUCGGGAAUAAGGCGAGGGCAUUGAUAACCCAAUGCGCGGCGUGGAUGAGGCCGGAUAUCAUAUACGUGAAGAGGCCGGUGUAUCAGUGCAGGUUUGAGCCCCAGGAGGAGUUUUUUAAGGGGCUGGUACCACUGCUGGAUCCGAGCACGGAAAGGGAAUUUUUGUUUGAGGUGAGGAAUGAGGAUGGGAGUGUGGAGCUGUGUACCUAUUUCGGUGGGUUGUGUAAGAUUGUGAGGUCGAAUCCGAAGGCGUUUGUGGAUGAUGUGGUGAAGGCGUAUGAAAGGUUGAGUGACGAGAGGAAGUCCGAGUGUUUGGCAUUUUUGUUGAACAAUCAUCCAACGCGAUUGUUGCAUCCGUAUACCAAGGAGUGGAAGGCAAAAUUGGAGGAGAUGGAGUUGGGAUGUGAUGCCCCGGAUGAUGAUGAGGACUCCAGUGGUGGUAAUGCCGGUGAGACUGAGAUAGUGGAUUGGAUUGAGGAUGAUGACAAUGAUGAUGAUGAAGAAGAGGAAGACGAAGAGGAUGAUGAAGAGGAAGAUAAUGUAGUCAUGGACAUGGAAGACGAAGAAUUUGGAGAUGACGAACCAGGUAGCGAAGAAGAUGAUUUGAGGGGAGAAGAGGAUAAGAAUGGUUCGAGGGGAGAAGAGGAUAAGAAGUUCUGGGAGGAAUUUCGAAAUGCAUCGAGCAGCGCUGAUGCAAUGGAGAAGUUGGCCAAACGGAGUAUGGAAGUGUCUACUGAGUUCUACAAGCAGCAGUUGAGGACAAUGGAAGAAGCACAGCAAAAGGGAGAAGGAACAAACGUUGUUGAGCAAAAAGGGGAAGAGAAAGUUGCAGAAGAUGACGGGGAUGAAACAGCUUUGAGGGGCAAAUGGCCAAAAGUGAGUCCACAGGAAUGGAAGUAUGCGGGGGUUGGUCGAUGGAGGAGAAGGAUCAGGAAGACUAAGAUUCCUCCGGAGCUAUUUUUGCGAGCAGCAAUAAGACCGUUCAGUUACAGAAAUCUUGUGAAGGAGAUUGUUUUGGUGAGGCAUGGAAUUGUGGAUGGUGAUUUUGUUGCCAAGGCUUCAAGCAUUUGAUGUAGAAGCCAUAGAUGAGCGGUUUUCUAAAUGGUUUAAAGACUGUAUUUGGUUCAUUACUAAACCAGAGUAGCAGCUUUUGAGUACUUGAAACAGACCAUAUCGUAAAUGAAUCACUGAAAAUGUGUAUUGUCUUGGUGCCUGUAAAAGGAUUUUUGGCAAAUGUGUGUCGUCUUGGUGACUGUAAAGAGGAUCUUUGCAAUGUUAAGACAUUUUCCAGUAA